AUGGCAUCGCACCCGUACUACCCCCUCGACGCGGCCGUGCCUGGCUACGAGCCCAACGCCGCGGCGCUGCCCACAGUGCUUGCGCUCUUUGGCGGCAUCACGGGCGCCGUUGUCCUCGUCGCCUACGCGGCGGCUGCGCGGCUGCGGCUGCCAUCGCUCGACUGCUUCGCCGCCGCCUGGUUCGCGCUGUGCGCAUUCCUGCACCUCUGCUUUGAAGGAUACUUCAUCUACUAUAAAAGCGAACUGCUAAGCCACCACUCAUUAUUUGCCAUGCUUUGGAAGGAAUACGCCCUCUCCGACUCUCGCUACCUCACCGGCGAUCUCUUUACUCUCUGCAUCGAGACCAUUACCGUCUUUGCCUGGGGUCCCCUAUCCCUCUGCACCACGCUCGCCAUCCUCACCCGCUCCCCCAGCCGCCACUUCCUCCAGGUCCUCAUCUGCAUGGCCCAUCUCUACGGCGUCCUACUCUACUACAGCACCAACUGGGUCGACUACCGCUUCAGCGGCAUCUCGUACAGUCGUCCCGAGUUCCUCUACUACUGGGUCUAUUACGUGGGCUUCAACGCGCCUUGGUUCUUCAUGCCGCUUGGUCUGCUGUAUGAUAGCUGGUCACACAUCACCACUGCAAUUGCGUUUCAACGAGACGCGCAGCUUGCAGCCAAAAACGAGUAA